AUGACUUCGUUCGACCUACGGAUUGCCAUUGUUGGAUCCGGGACAAUCGGCCUCUCCUUUGCGGCUCUACAUCUUUCCCAUCCUACCAAGAGAAUCCAAGUCGUCAUCCACGAUCCCCGGCCUGAUAUAGAAGACUACGUCAAGACAACGUUACCAGAAUAUGUGGGCGCCGACGUAUCCUUGCCACAACUGCUAGAGUCAAAGCAACUCAUCAUAUCCUCAACGCUCUCAACGGCAUUAGAAUCCGUCGACAUAGUCCAAGAGCAAGGACCGGAAAAUGUAUCUUUCAAACAGAAGCUAUGGCCCCAAAUCGAAAAGGCAGCUCCAUCAACAGCUUUGUUCUGGUCGAGCACUUCUGGCAUCCCAUCGUCUGUCCAGGGUGUCAAUAUGCAGGAACCAGCUCGCCUGCUAGUUGUCCAUCCGUUCAAUCCACCGCAUAUCAUGCCAGUACUGGAAAUCGUUCCGCCUCGCAACAUCUCUACUGACAAGGAUGCUUCGAAAGACUAUAUAGAUAAGACCAUUGGAUAUUGGAAGACACUCAAUAGAUCGCCCGUUGUCCUGCAUGAAGAGGUCACUGGCUUCGUAGCCAAUCGUCUAUCAUUCGCCUUGUUCCGAGAGGCAAUUCACCUUGUGAACUCUGGAGUUGUCACGGCAGCUGAGGUGGAUCGUAUCGUUGAAGAGAGCAUGGGACCACGCUGGGCGGUCAGGGGACCCUUUUGGAGUUACCAUGCAGGCGGAGGUAAAGAGCAAGGAAUCAGGGGUCUCCUGAAAAAAGUAGGGGGUACAGUACAGGCUUGUUGGGAUGAUGCUGGGACGCCAUCGUUGCGGCCAGAGGGUGAGGGUUCUGUGGCUGCGUGGGAAGAUGCGCUGUGUCAGCAGGUAGAGCAAUCUUAUGGGGUGUUGGACGACGAGGAUCUCAGGGAUAGAGAUGAAAAGACGAGGAAGGUCCUUGCCAUCACUCGAGCUUAGCUAGGCAGAAUGAUAUGACAAUGUCUUUGUCACAUGAC